UUCUGGUCGGCUGUUAGUCUCGUGCAGCAAAAUUCUCCGCCACAGCGCAGCAGCAAACUCAGCGACGGCGCUGUGGCAACCGGCCUGCCGACAACUCAGUCAGAUCGGAACAGCUGCGCACAAAUGCUCGAACGCUCCGCUAUAACAAUUCAUGAUCAGCAGCCGCUCAUUUUAGUCGGUGUAACGCACUCGACGUGAACAGUCUGAUCGUAAAUAAAGAAAUAGAAACAAAAAAUCUGAAUUACAAAAUAAAUUAAUAAAAUUGCAUUUGAAAUAGAAAUCAAAUAACAAGAAUAAGAAUAUAAUUAUUUUGUGUAUAGAAACAGUUGUAACCCGCUACUCGAUUAGAUUUGAGACCCAGUGUAGGCAAACGGACCGCGAUUACAGAAAAUUUCUCCCACCCAGGCGUACCACUACUGCAGGCUGCGGUCGCGUGAAUUUUUCUUUAUUUUUUCUGCAUUUCUUGUCUGCUUUUUUAUUGUUUUUGUAUUUGUUCUAAAUCGAUUUUGAAAAGGUGCAUACAAAAAACGCAUGAAAAUCGCGUGCUUUUGAAUGAGCAAACGUCGCGGCGACAGCAAAGAAAAGCGAAAGACAGCAGAAGAGUUGUUGCUGUGCAGUGAGCCAGCAGCCAGCUGCCAUUCGAGGUGUUGAUAUCAACGUCGUUCUAACCGACGAUUGCAGAGAAAAUUGGGAAAAGUAAACCUCUACGCGUUCCAGCAGAUUAUUUUUAAAUUUUUUUUGACGCAUCUACCCAAGCCGAGCCGCGCCGGCAACGACACGACUUCUGGUGGAGGCUUCUCGUCUAGAUAUUUUGAAUGAAUUUUUAUUGUUGUAUGUUGGUGUUGUACGGAUUUGUUGAUAAAUAUAGUAGCUGUGUAUUCGAACGCAGCAGCGUGGCGCAAGCGGGUGCGAAGGCGAAAACAACCAGUUGACCGCAUUUGGCGCCAAUGAAAAAUUACAACAACACUAAUGUAAGCGCAGAGAAAGAAAAGAAGAAAAAUAUAAUAGCUGAAGAGUGCGGCCGCUCGUUAGAUGCGUGAAAAGUGAAAGUGCAAUGAAGAAGUGUAUUUUCUUACAAUACAACAACAACAACAACUAAGCUGAACCUGAAUUGAUAAACAAUAAAAAAUAACUUAAAGAUAUUCCUACCGUACAACUCUAGUUUGCGAAUCAACCGUUAUCUCGUGAAGCAAAAGACCAAAACAAAAGCAAAAAAAAUUUUAUAGAAAUAUAUAAAUACAAAUACACUAGUAAACAACAAUGACAGCAAAAGUUAAGCCAGACUGUAAUGAAAAGGCGAAAGAGACCAUCAGCGAAGAAAACCUCAAAGACUUGCUGACCGAACAAUUGGAUCGUAUUGGGGCUGGUGGCGCAUUUGUUUGGUCACUAUUUUUUCUCUGCGUUACACCGAACAUACUCAAUGGCUUCCAUGUCUCGUCCUACACACUUUUGGGCCAUCUGCCCGCAGAUCAAUGGUGCGCUGUGUCCGAUCUGCAGGCAACCAAUUGGACAGAGGAACAACAGCGGAGCAUAACGCAGAAAAAUCUCAAUACAGGUGGUUGCACCAUAUGGCAGUAUGAUUAUGCGAAGCUGGCGAAUAUGUCUUAUGAAGAAGCGUUCCACUAUGCGUCGAACCAACCAAAAAUAGAGACAACUUGUCGCCCGCAUGGCGUGUACGCCUACGCAGACGCUGACACCACUUUUGUGGCAGAUUGGGAUUUAGUGUGCGAGAAUGCGCUACAGCGCACUACGGCACAGGUGGCCAUAUCGCUGGGAAAGUUCUUCGGUUCUUUUUCUUUUGGCAUUUUUUCGGAUAAAUUUGGUCGCAAAGCUUCAUUCACGCUGGGCGCCGCUUUUUUUUUAGUAUCCAGUCUGCUGUGCACAUUCUCACCGUGGUAUGAGCUCUUCUUGGUGGGUCGCUUUGGUUUGGGUUCUGCCUCUUCUGGUCUUUUCUAUCCAGCUUUUGCCAUGAUUGUGGAAAACAUCUGCUUGCGGCAUCGCUCGUGGAUGUCAAUUGCCUUCUCGGCCUCUUAUCCGAUUGGCAUGAUCUUGUUAGCUGCUGCUGCGUACCUGGUGCCGCAAUGGCGUUAUCUUCAGCUGACACUCACAAUUCCGGCGCUUUUGCUAAUCGCUAAUUGCUACUUGAUGAAUGAAUCGCCACGUUGGCUUAUAACGAUGAAACGUUACGAUCAAGUCUACAGAAUUCUAUUCAAGCAGAAGUGCCAUUAUGAAAUUCAAAGAGCGCCCGUUGAAGCGAUCACCGAUAAGAAAACAGAGGUACAAUCGGAAACGGUACCCUCACUUUGGAUUAAAUUGAAGGAAGGUCCCCUGAAACAAUUUCAUGAACUCUUCGGUACAUGGAAAAUGCGCCGUCUCAUAACCAUUUCAUAUUUUAUGUACUGUGUUACCUCGUUAAGUUACUAUGUAACAGCUUUGAAUGCAGCCAAUUUGUCGGUCAGUCGAUACCUCUACGUUGCCAUAACGGGCAUGGUUGAUCUGCCUUCGUAUCUAGUACCAGUGAUAUUCCUACGUUUUACGGGUCGACGUACAACUACAAUGACACUAUUCACACUAACCGGCAUUGCCUUACUAAUGGUGUUAGUAGUGCCCACAGGGAAAACUUUAUGGAUAAUCUCGUUUGCUAUGUUGGGUCGCUUUGGCAUUAGUGCAACAUAUUCCAUUGUUAAUCUCUACACCGCCGAGUUGUAUCCCACCGAAAUACGAAGCUCUGCAUUGGGCACUUGUUCAACGUGGGCGCAUGUCGGCUCCAUUUCAGCACCAUACGUGGUCGACGUGUUGGGCUUACUCGGCUGGUACAUUCCAACGACACUCUGCGGUUGCUGCGUCUUAGUAGCCGGUCUGCUGACGCUUGCUCUGCCUGAGACAAGUACACACAAGAUAUCUGAUCGCGUUGAAGAGGUACCAUCGGAGUCCAGUUCGGAAAGUGAAGGGAACACAACCUCUGCUGUGGCCAAAGCGAAAGAAACCGAAUCGAAUUGUAAUAGAAUUUAGUUUAAUUCGAUUUAGAAAUCAAUGCGUGCAAGCUUUUGUAUUUGAAAAAAUUAUUUUGCACAUACAAACAUACAUUCCUAAAUGUGUAUGUUGCUAAUGUUCCAAUGUUUGUAGUUUAAGUUAUUAUAUAAGACAGAAGAAAGAAGCAUCAUGGCUAGUGUUAUGACUACGUAUCAAGGUACUAUGUGAGAGAUAAAUGUUAUUUCAGCUUUACGGUACAUACAAUUUAAUUACAAAUUACAAAUUACACAUAUAACAACUUAUAAAUUAUUUACAUAACCAAUCUAGUUUUCGUAUUAUCUUCUCUUAUAGAUAUACAUACAUAUAUACAUAUGUAUGCAUGUAGAAGUAAUAUUUAUGAAAGCCCCUAAAACUUGUUGAUAUUUUAAUCAUAACAUUUAAGGUUAUGUUAAUCAUGUAAUUUGUAAAAUUAAAUAUUUAG